UUUUUCGUUCAAGUGUCGGGCAUUUUCCGGCUUUUUAAUUUUUUGAAAAUUCUUUAUCAGUGUUGCCAAAUAAGUGGAAGCAGUGAUACCAAAUAUAGCAUACGCGUCAGUCGCAGUAAUCUACGUUUUGCUAAUGGUUGCUACAUGACAGCUAAGUGCAAGGGUGCAAGAAUAGAAGACGUACGUUUGUGUUGUGUGCGACGUUCGUGUUUUAUACAUUAAUCGAACCAACGUGCACGAUGGAGACCAUUGAGAUAAACAUGAAACCUUUUCUGACAGCGCCGCUGCAGCUGGACAAAAUCUGCAGGGCGUGUUUAGGUAUCAAGGGCGAGAUGAAGCCGCUGUACGGCGCUUGCUUGGACGAAAUGCUCGUUGCUUUCGCGCAAAUCAAGGUUGAAAAAGGUGAUGGUUUACCAUCAAAGAUGUGCGUACAGUGCAUUUUACAAUGCAGUCGUGCUUAUACAUUCAAACAACUCUGCGUUAAGUCUGCGUCGAUUCUGCGCACUUACAUUUCGCCCGAUUUUCAAAGACAACUCAAGAAAAACGGUCACGCCACUGGAGAUUUUGACAUAAAAGAAGAAUUACAGGAAAUACAAGUAACUACAGAGAAUCAAAAGCAGACAACACCUUCACAAUCAACACAAAUAACAGAAGAAAACAAUUUAGACGUGAAAACACUGGAAGUUGACGUUACAGAAACAGAAAUACAAAGUUUCUCAACCAACGCCACUGAUGUUGACAUUGCGGAAGUCCUCCCAGCGCAGAUGGUCACAUUCGAUGAUGGCACCACCGGAUAUUACAUGGAACACGUGACUAUUGUUGAUAACGUCAAUUCUAAUGAUUCCACUCUACAAGAAGUCACGUUUGAUGAAGAACCCUUCACUGACGAGAUAAAUUUCAUCAACACGGAUGACAUCAUCCGGGAACCGGAUCCUUUGGUGGUUUCAAUGUCGCCAUUACCCCCACCACCGGAAGUUGAACCAUCUUCUGUAUCUACAUCAAAUUCUCCAAAAUCAAAACGCGGUAAACGUUAUAAAUGCACAAAAUGUCCUUUAUCUUUCUCUUUGAAGAUAGACCAAAAGGUACACAUGUUGACACACCCUGUAGAAUUGAACCAUCGAUGCGGAGUAUGCAAGAAAGCAUUCGCCGAGGCGCGCAUGCUCAAGAGACAUUUAAAAAUCCACUUUACAAAGACACAUCAUUGUGAUCAAUGUGAUAUGUCCUUCGCAGAAAGCUCGAAUCUUUCUAAGCAUAAGAAGAAACAUACAGGGGAAUUGCGAAACAUCAAAGGCAAACCACAUUUAUGCUCCAUAUGCGGCCGCGCAUUCAAAUGGGCGUCAUCCAUAUCAAAACACAUGAAAUAUCACACUGGGCAUAAUUUACUCACGUGUCAAUUUUGUGGGAAGCAAUAUGUGGAGGCGCGUAGCCUCAGGGUGCAUAUUAGGACCCAUACGGGUGAAAGACCACAUAAAUGUCAUUUGUGUCCUAAAGCGUUUACUCAGAGUUGUAAUUUAGAGAAACAUUUGCGGGUACACACCGGGGAGAAACCCUAUUUGUGUAAGGUUUGUGGGAAGGGGUUCACGCAGAGCGGGUAUGUGCGUAUCCACAUGCGGAUACACACAGGGGAACGGCCUUAUAUGUGUCACACAUGCGGGAAAUCGUUUUCGGGGUCAAGUACGCUCGCGGUUCAUCAGCAGGUGCAUUCGGGGGAGAAACCAUAUGAGUGUACGGUUUGUGGGUUUAAGUUUAAUCGUCUUAGAGCGCAUCAGAAGGUGCAUGGUGUGGAGAAGAUGUUACCGUGUAAACAAUGUGGGAAAUGUUUUACGACGUCGGAUGAUUUGGAUGAUCAUACAAUGUUUAGGUGUUGGAAGGGUGCUAAGGUUGAAACGGUGAGAAUCUCGGAUUUAUUAACCGGGGAGACUGUGCAUACAGUGCAGGUUCAAGCUGCUGAUGUGUUAUAAUCAUGUUUAUUUGUCAUUUAAUAAAAUAGGAAAGAAA